AUGAAGUCAGAUCUUCUCCACAAAUUUCACUGGAUCAGACACUGUCCGAUACAUACGCUAACGCGGCCAUCAGCCAAGCACUUCUUCUCGGACCCUACCCAUCUGGUCCAGACCGCUCUGAACUCCCUGACUCUCACAAACCCUUCUCUUGCCUAUGACCCUGAAAACAAAAUCAUUUUCCGUCGUCCGGAUACGACGAAGUCCAAGGUCGCGAUUGUCUCUGGAGGUGGCUCCGGCCAUGAGCCCGCCUUUGCCGGCUAUGUUGGCAAGGGCUUCCUAGAUGCCUCGGCCGCCGGUACCAUUUUCGCUUCUCCCUCCGCAGAGCAAAUUCGCAAGGCUGUCAUGGACUGCGUCGACAACGAGAAGGGUGUCCUCAUCAUCCCCAUGAACUACACCGGCGAUGUCCUCAACUUCGGUAUGGCUACGGAGAAGGCCCGCGCCGCGGGUAUCAAGACCGAAUUCUUCGCCAUCAACGACGAUGUUGGUGUCGGUAAGAAGAAGGGCGGCAAGGUCGGCCGUCGCGGUAUUAGUGGUGGUAUCCUCGUCUUGAAGAUCGUCAGCGCGCUGGCCGAAGCUGGUGGAUCUCUUGAGGAUGUUUACCGCACCGCUCAGUUGGCAAACAAGAACCUCGUCUCAGUUGGCUCUUCCCUGGAGCAUGUCCACGUCCCUGGCAGAGCCCCACCAACGGAGACCAUCCCCGAUGGUGAGGUCGAGGUCGGAAUGGGCAUCCACAAUGAGCCAGGAUCUCACCGGGAGAAGUUCGAGCUGACCGAACUGGUCGCGACCAUGCUCCUUCAGCUCUUGGACCACAACGAUCCCGACCGCGCCUGGAUCACUCGCAAGCCCGAUGAUGAGUUUGUGCUGCUGAUCAACAACUUGGGUGGUGUGAGCGCUCUCGAACUGUCGGGUAUCACCGAUGAGGUGUACCGUCAGUUGAACAGAGACUACAACGUUCGGCCCAUUCGGGUGAUCCAGGGUACCUUCCUCACCAGUCUGAACGGCCUGGGCUUCAGCAUCUCCCUGAUGAAGCUCGUGGACACUGGACUGGGCGAGGGCAAGUCCUUCCUUGAACUCCUUGAUGCCCCCGCUGAGGCGGUUGGCUGGUCUGCUCCCAUCCGUCCUGAGACCUGGGAGCACCGCUCCGAUGCUCCUGUUGAGCUGAAGAGGACCAAGUUGCCCGAGGAUCAGCCCAGCAACGUCAAGCUGGAUGUUGAUUCCCUCAAGAAGGUUCUGGGCAGUGCACUCAAGCGUGUCAUUGCUGCUGAGCCUGAAGUCACCCGCUUCGACACCAUCGUCGGCGACGGAGACUGCGGUGUGGGCUUGAAGCGUGGUGCCGAGGCCGUCCUUAAGCUCAUCGAAGACCCCUCGUCCCCGCUCACCGACGACGUCGUGAACGCGGUGAACCGCAUCGUCAGCAUCGUCGAGAACGUCAUGGACGGAACCUCCGGAGCCAUCUACGCCAUCUUCCUGAACGCCCUGGCUCACGGUCUCCGCGAGCAAGACCGAGGCACCACCACCCCCGCCACGGUGGAUGUCUGGGCUGCUGCACUCUCCUACUCCCUCACCGCACUCUCCCGAUACACCCCCGCCCAGCCCGGUGACCGUACCCUCCUGGACGCCCUUGUCCCCUUCUGCACGCAGCUCCAAAAGGCCAAGGACGUGCACGUCGCCGCCAAAGCAGCACAGGAAGGCACCGACUCCACCAAGAACAUGAAGGCCAGCCUGGGACGGUCCGUCUACGUCGGUGGUGAAGACGAAUGGGUGGGCAAGAUCCCCGACCCCGGCGCUUACGGACUCAGCGUCUUCCUCAACGGUCUGUCUGAGGCGUUGUAA